ACCUCGGCGCCACAGCUACAACCAGAGCCAAGCAAGAUGAGCGACCGCAGCGGGCAGACAGCCCGGUUGCAGGUGGAGGUCCUGGAGCAGACCUUUGCCGAGCUCUUCAGCUGCUUCCUGGGCGAGAGCAGCAUGGCCACGGUGGCCGCUGACGGCGACUCUGACCGCGGCUCUGACGGCAACCCGGAGCGACUGCAGGGCGGGCGGCAUCCGCUGGGACCGCUCAAUGUGGCCGAUGCGCGGAGAAAGGCGCAGCUGGCGCUGGAUGCCUUGCGGAACAUCAUUAUGCAGUACAGGCACUGGAAGGCGGGAGUAACCGAUGCUGCCGAGCUUAAUCGCUGCCUUCGGCUGCUGAGGAGCCACCACACGCUCAAGUCAUUCAACUCGUCGUUCUCAAACAUGCUGCUGCAGUCGCGAGAAGCUGUCCGCCACCACCUCGCAUCGCGCUCGCAGGCUGAUGGCGAGACGGCGUCGGCGUCGGGCCAUCAGGGCAUUCUGCACACGCUGCACAGCCUCGCUGCUGCGCACUCGCUCUCGGUCAUGGUGGAUGAUUCCAUGUCGGACGCGGUGACUAUUGCGCUGUACGCCAACACGCUCAUGCUGGAUGUCAAUGUGACGGCGUCGGGCGCGGUGGCGUCGGCUGCGCUCACCCUUGUCGCCAACGACGACAUGAUUAGUGAUGACGAGACCAACGCAAAGCUGACGGCCCUAGCCACAGCUGCCGAUUGGUCAACGCUCUCGGCGGUUCUGGGCCACUUUUGCGACCUUCACGUCCGGCUCCCUGACGAGAUCGGCAGCGACGCCGCGGUCGCCGUCUCGGCCGCCUUUGCCGCCCUCACCGCAGACGUCCGUGCGCUCUCGGCGGCCUCGGUGGCCGCUGCGGGCCUCUACGCCACUAUCACGAGCGGCAUCGGCUCGGUCUCGCUGACGGCGUCGGGCCUGCUGUGCACAGUGUGGGCGGCGGCGUCUGCCAAGUUUGCGCUCGCCGACGAGACCACCAGCCCCUCGCUCCGCGCCUCACUCGCGGAGCUCCCGCCGCUGGAGGUCUUGCGCGCCGCUUCGCCGCUCGCGGCCCACGGGAUGAUCCACGCCCGACUCUCGUACGAGGUUGCAUCGCAGCCGUCGCGGCUACUCCUCGGCUCGGCGCUGGUAGACUCGGCCGUGGCGGGUCUGGCCGGCAGCAACGGCGGGCCGGGCGCGUUGAACGUGGCAAAGUUCCUCGUGCCCGGCUCGCCGCCUGAUGCCAAGCUCUCGGCGCCGAUUGAGGCCUCCUUUGUGCUGGAGCUGUAUCCGCCACUGGUCACCUCUUGCGCGUGGGCCGCCGAAGCCGCCGCCGUCGCCUUUCCGCCGCCGGCCACGUCCAAGGUCGCCAUGGCUUUCUCGGCCCUCGGCACCGGAGACGCCUCGCCGCUGGCGGCCAUGCUCGUCGGCCAUGACGCACUCGCGGGCCCGCAGCCUGUCACGGUCCUGGACACCACUCAUGCUUACGCCUACGCUGGCGAGCCCGGCGUCCGCGGUGUCCUCGUCCACCGCAUCCCGUUCCUCUCGCUCGCGCACCUGGCCACCGUUCUCGACCUCCUCCGCCAGCACGCCGUUUUCAACACCCUCCUCGCCUCGUGCUUCAGCGACGCUGUCGACGCCGCAUCGCUCCAUACCCGUCCGCCGCCCGACACCCUCCGCCGGUUCGAGCUCACCACUCUCGCGCCACAGCUCCUCACCGUCAGCUACCUCGCGCCGGGCUCGGGCGUGCUCACCACCAUCGAAAUCUCGUGCGGCUGUGGCGGGAGCCUUGCCGCUGCCAUUAUCCCGGCGCCUGGCGCCAGCCCCGUCGACUCACCGGCCUUUGCCGCUCUCCUCGCCACGUCGCACUCGAUCCCACUCGCCAUGCACUACCACCUCUCGUAACGUGUUGUUCAUUUCCAGAGCUGGCUGCUGUGGGCUUUAGUCGACCUUGAUGGACGAGUAGAUCUUGCGCACAAACCAGAGGCAGGCAAAGAAGCCGACGGCGCCGGUCAUGCAGAAGAAGCCAAAGCAGAGGAUAAACGUGUAGCCAAAGUAGAGGAGGCCCGAGACAAACGAAGUCACGUUGAGCUUGGUGAAAAAGUAGAACGCCGAGUAGAGGAACAUGUACACCGCCGACGAGGCCGAGGUGAGGAAGGCACGCCACCACCACUUGUAGUUCUCGGAGCAGAGCUGGAAGUAGCACAUGACAAUGGUGAUCUCGCCGCAGGUAAGGCAGAGAAUGAUAAAGACGACAAAGAGGAA